AUGAGCGUAGCUCUCGUGACGAUGGAUUCCGCGUACGGUCUUCGACUGGGCCUGAGCAACCACCACCAUCAUCACCACCAUCAUCCUCACCGGGUGCGCUCGCCGGAGAGCCACGUGGUUCCGCGGCAGGAACAACCGCAAGAUCACAAGGAAGACAUUGAAACGCCGUUGAGGUUCAGCGUGGUCAACAUCCUGAGACCCGACUUCGGCCGCGAGGCGAUCCUCAACACGAAAGCGCCGAAACAGGCAAGUCUAGCGGCCGGACACCCGACGACCAUACCGGUCCCGAUCCCGCGGCACAGUCCCCUCUCGCUACCGCGGGAUUUGAGCCUGUCCUCGAGCCGACUAUCGCCCUCGAGGCCCCAGCCGGCCAGUUUUUCGGUGCACCGGGACAGAGACCUGUUUUCUUCGCAUUGCGGGCUGACCUCGCCACUUCAGAGGAGCGCGGGCCUCAGCAGGAGCGGAAGCCUCGAGAGCCUGGCCAGCAGCAGGAGCUCCGUGACCGGAAGCUCAGUGACUGGAGCACCGUCCCUCGGCUCCACCUCGUCCACCAUCAGCGGUGACUCGUUGAGCGGAGAGAGCACCGCCAGCAGCACGUCGAACACGGCCGCCAAUCAGCCGGCCACGUUGAACGGGCAGAGCCCUUGGCCCGCGUGGGUUUACUGCACUAGAUAUUCGGACAGACCGUCUUCCGGGCCGAGGACGCGGAGGGUGAAGCGGACGCCGAGCGCGAGCAAGAGCGGCUCGCCGGAAGAGAAGAGACCGAGGACCGCGUUCAGCGCUGAACAAUUGGCCAGGCUGAAGCGGGAGUUCGCGGAGAAUCGAUAUCUCACGGAGAGACGGAGGCAGCAGCUGUCCAGGGACCUGGGGUUGAACGAGGCGCAGAUCAAGAUCUGGUUCCAAAACAAGAGGGCGAAAAUCAAGAAGGCGAGCGGCCAGAAGAACCCGCUGGCGCUACAGCUGAUGGCCCAAGGACUGUACAAUCACUCGACGGUGCCCGUGGACGAGGACGGCGAGGAGAUCGUGACCGGCGGCAAUCAUUCGCACUAA